CAAGACGCAGGCGGUUACGGCAGAGAAACAGAAAGCGGAAACAGGCAGCGGAAGGGAGGCGGCUUCUCUGAGAAGCGGGAAGCCUUCUGUGAAGAGGUCAGCUGAGACGCGCAUAAAGCAAUGUCAGCAUCGGCAGAAUCAAGUUACGGCGUGCCAAACACACCAGCUGUCGCGGCAGUUCACCCAGACGCGCCAAAACCUUCCAAGCGCGUGUUAUCUAGCGCUAUGUAACGCGCAUAUCUGAAAGUCAGCGACGGGGAGCGAGAGCCAUGACGCGCCGAUUGAAUCGAUCGCGCACUUGAAGGGCGCAAACUUCCAUUGGAGCUGAGUUUCCCUCAGCACACACUACACCGCAGUAGCUUAGUCCUUACUUAUUUGCCAACCCUUAGCUUCCGAGACUCGAAACCACGUUCCUAGCUGUUCCUCCAGACUUUCGGCCGACUGCCCUCGCUUACUCGAGCUCCGCUAACCUCCUGCCCAGCUAGCGUUAUUUUCUUCCCGGCCAUGAAGUGAUGAGUUCCUCCUCCUGUGACGAGGCGACAUCCAAAACGGGACUGAAGAGGAGCCUCGCAGGCGCGUUCAACGAGGUCGCUAGCAAGAAACAGCACUUUAUUAUGGCUCAGGCGAUGUCAGGACCCUCCCAGGCGGCAGCGCUGCUGGAGGUGCUGCGGACUGGCCUUGCCCCGCCUUCUUACGCCCCGCCAGACAAGGCGUCUUUGCGCAAGGCCAGCCAUGCUCUGGCCGAACUUUGCAAGCAAGAUGAAUUUAUUGAUGACGUGGUAGCCGCGGGAGCUAUCGAGGUGGUCGUGCCGCUGCUGAAUGCGGGGUCGUCUUCCGCGCGGGAGCAGCUGGUGGAUGACGCCGCUGGCACUUCGGGUGUUUCUCUACAAGAGGAGCUUGACAAGGAGCUGUGCUUCAUCCUGGGCCUGCUGGCGGUGAAGCCCGAGUACCAAACCCGCAUUGCUCACUCCGGCGCGCUCAGCGGGCUUGUGCGCCUCCUAAAGGAGCACAAGCUUACGUCCAUUACGAAACCACAGCCUGGAAGCGGGGGCGUGGCGCGGCGUGCAGCGGACGCUAUCACGAACUUGGCGCACGAGAACGUGGAUAUCAAGAACAUGGUCCGCGAGCAGGACGGCAUUCCGCCGCUCGUGGGCCUGUUGGAGGCCAUGGACGUUAAGGUGCAGCGGGCCGCAUGCGGGGCCCUGCGCACGCUGGCCUUCAAAAAUGAGCCCAACAAGAACGUCAUAGUGGAGCAGGGCGCGCUGCCCACUCUCAUUCAGCAGCUCCUGCGCUCCGAGGACAGCGGCGUGCACUACGAGGCGGUGGGGGUGCUGGGCAACCUGGUGCACAGCAGCCAGCACGUCAAGCUGAGGGUGCUGGAGGAGGGCGCGCUGCAGCCUGUGAUCAACCUGCUCAACAGCGACUGCCCUGACAGCCAGCGGGAGAGCGCGCUGCUGCUGGGGCAGUUCGCGACGGCGGACACAGACACCAAGGCCAAGAUCGUGCAGCGCGGCGCGGUGCCGGCGCUGGUGCGUAUGCUGGGCAUGCCGGACGUGUCGCUCAAGGAGAUGGCGGCCUUUGCGCUGGGGCGGCUGGCGCAGAACGUGGACAACCAGGCCGGCAUCGUGCAGCUGGGCGGGCUGCCGCCGCUGCUGGAGCUGCUCGAGUCCAAGCACUACAACCUGCAGCACAACGCCGCAUUCGCGCUGUACGGCCUGGCUGAGAACGAGGACAACAUCCCCGACCUCAUCCGCGAGGGCGCCCUGCAGCGGCUGGAGGACUGCAAGGAGAAGCUGCAGGUGCAGGCCUCCAAGGACUGUGUGCAGAAGACCAUCAACCGCCUGGAGCAGAAGCUCAAGCCCGACAACCCUCAGCCCGCCAACCUGGCCGCCGCCAAGCGCGCGCUGACGUCCAUGGUGUUCCUCCUCCGCAGCAGCACCAAGUGCGUGCAGCAGCGGGCCGCCAUGAGCCUGGCGCGGCUGGCGCCCGAGGAGCAGCUCAAGUCCAUCUUCAUCGACAAGCGCGGUAUUGACGUGCUGUUGGACAUGCUCAUGGACCCCGCCGUCAGCCACCGCAGCCACAGGGAGGCGGCGGCGGCGCUGCUGCAGCUGACCAAGAAGCUGGACGCGCACCUGCCCGUGGUGGACCAGCUGCCGCAGCAACCCGGCCGCACGGAGCGCUCCGUGUACCUAGGCAGCGAGUACGUGAACAACCCCACGCUGGCCGACAUCAGCUUCCUGGUGGAGGGCCGCCGCUUCUACGCGCACCGCAUUGCGCUGCUGGCCAGCUCGGAGGCGUUCAGGGCCAUGUUCAGCGGAGGGUACAGGGAGAAGGACGCGGACUGUGUGGACAUCCCCAACAUCACCUGGGCGGUGUUCGAGGCCAUGAUGCGCUUCGUGUACACGGGACAGCUGGACGUGACGCCGGACAUCGCCUUCGAGCUGCUGCAGGCCUCCGACCAGUACCUGCUUGAGGGGCUGAAGCGGCUGUGUGAGAACGCCAUCGCGGGCAGCCUCACAGCCGACAACGUGCUGGCCACACACGAGUACAGCGAGCAGUUCUCGGCGCCCGCGCUGGGGAGGCGCUGCCUGCUGUUCGUGCUGGAGCACUACGACGACGUGUUCAAGCAGUACGACACGCCCAAGGACCGCCCCGCCUACUUCGAGGCGCUGCGCCGCAUGGUGCCCUGCCUCAAGGACUCGCUCUACAGCAGCAGCGGCGGGCCCAUAUGGGACAGCGGCGUCGCGGCGGCGGCGGCAGCAGCAGCGGCGGCGGCGGCGGCAGCUGGGUCGUCUGGGGCGGGGCUGGACGGUGCACCAGGCUCGGGAGGCGGCGCGGGGCCGGGGUUGCCGCCGGCAGAGCCUGCGCGGCCGGGCAGCCGGGCCGGUGGCGCGCCGCCCGGGAUCUAAGCCGUGUCGGGGAGGGUGUGUGUGUGUGUGUGUGUGAAAUGAGGUGUUGGGGCAGAUGCAGGAGUCGUGGACAGAUAGCUGUUUGUGUGUGUGUGUGUGUGUGUGUGUGUUUCUGGUAUAGGGCAGUGCAGGUGGUGCAUGCUGCAGGGCUAUAUGCGGUGCUGAUGGUGCUGGUGGUGCUGGUGGUGCUGGCGGCGGCACCGCAGCCCAAUCGGGUUGAGGCAGCAGUCAGCGGCUUGAGUCGGGACCGGGGGACAAGGGAGCUCUCUGGGGGGGGGGGGGAAGCGGCCUCAUCAUCAUGGCGGCAACAGGCAUGCGUCCACACGCGCAUUCUCACUCAUUUGUUUGCUUUCCAUCCAUUACUGAUGCACGAAAAUGAUGGUAUUCCUCUUUGUGUGUGGUGUGCGAGUAAGCUAGUGCGUGCUGGGGCGGCUGCGGGAGCUCCGGGGUUGCCUGCUGCCCGAUACCGCGGGGCAGUCAGCAACAGCCAUCUAUCUAAAGCCAACGUGAUGGCAGGGAUGGCAGUUGCAAGGGGUUUUGUGGACGGUAGGAUGACUGGGGCACAGGGGCACUGGGGCUGACAAGGACGAAUGCAUACGGUACACAAGAGCUGUGAUUGGCUCUGUGGGGACGAGUCUGGGCUGGAGGGGUCCGGGGUCCAGUGUAGGGCGGCGCCCUGAGGGCCUCGCAGUGGAUUAGUAUCAAUGUCCGCAUGGUGAAAUAUGAUAAGUGACGAGGCGUGGCGUGACGGGUGUGGUUGAAGAGACUGCGCAGGAUUGGCGGUGCAGCGCGGGGAAUGCAGGCAGAGCCGAGGCGGUGGGUGCGGUGUGAGCAGGGCCAGUGUGCGGCUUGCGGUGCCGGUGUAGGUGCGGUGCCGGUAUAGGUGCGGUGCCGGUGUAGGUGCUGCGAUGGGUCUUGAGGCGCUGGGGUGGAAGGAACCUGCAGGUUGCGUCAUCGUCUUGUAAUGGUGCACGGAAGGACGUGCAGGCCCAUAAGCCACAAGACUUCACCCUAUGCCUCGAAUCCGUGUGCGAAGUCGGAAUCUACUCCUCCCCUGGGGUACGAUGACGCCCAGAUUCCGUUGCCUGCCGGGGCACAUUCGUGCUCUCGCGGGGGAAGGGGGGCGCACCGCCGCACUGCAAGUGACGCCACGCCAUACGGUAUGCAGGAUUCCUUGAGCAGUCCGGCGGCGCGUCGGGGAUUAGUAGACGUCUGGUGUCGUGACAGACACGUCCCGUGGCAUGCGUGGCACCAGGAACACAGGAC